UCGAACGCAAAAUACUUCGGCCUCUACGAUUUUAUAACACCGACUUUCGUUAUCCGUGAUCCAGAUCUGAUUUCCACGAUUGCCAUCAAAAAGUUCGACAACUUCUGUGAUCACAAUAACUUCCUGAACGAAACUCUUGAACCGAUGGUCAGUAAAAGUCUGUUUGACCUAAAAGGGGAUCAUUGGCGCGAGAUGCGGAAGCUUCUUAGCCCUAGUUUCACAUCCAGUAAGAUGAAGAUGAUGUUCGGACUUAUAAGUCAGUGCGCCGAGAACUUCGUCGAUUUUGUGAUAACGAAAUCCGGAAAUACCGGCGAGACGUAUGAUAUGAAAGACAUUCUGGGCAGAUACGCCAACGACGCAGUGGCCACGUGUGCUUUCGGCAUCAACGUGGAUUCUUUUAAGCACCCGAACAACGAGUUCUACUUGCUUGCCAAAAAGGCAAUGACUUUUGACAAUUGGAUGGCCUUCAAGUUCUUCUUGCAUAAAAACUUCCCGACACUUGCAAAACUCCUCAAUCUCAAAAUGUUUGGCCUAAAGAUAGAGAAUUUUUUUAAAGAUAUCGUCUCCAGCACAGUGAAGGUCAGGGAUGAGAAAGGAAUUGUUCGUCCGGACAUGAUUCAGUUGAUGAUGGAGACUAGAAAUAAAGAUAGUGGACCCGAGUUCGACAUUGACGAAAUGACUGCCCAGGCAUUCGUUUUCUUUCUCGCCGGAUUCGAUUCUUUAUCAACAGCCAUGUGUUUUGUAACAAACGAAGUCGGUGUCAAUCCCGAUAUUCAGAGCAAAUUAAGAGAAGAAAUUGAUGAUGUUGUCAGACAGACCAACGGUAAACCUACUUACGAGGCCAUCAAUCGCAUGAAGUACUUAGACGCCGUAAUAAACGAAACUCUUAGAUUAUAUCCGCCAGGAACUUUCAUAGACAGAAAAUGUGUCAAAGAGACCGAAUUGCCACCAGCGACUUCAGAUGGCGAACCGGUCAUGAUAAAGCCUGGAGACAACAUAUGGUUUCCAGCUUACUCUCUGCAUCGCGAUCCAAAGUACUAUCCGCAGCCAGACAAGUUCGAUCCUGAAAGAUUCCUUAACAAUGAAGUGGAUAAUUUGGUCUAUAUGCCAUUUGGUAUCGGGCCCAGAAUCUGCAUUGGUAAUAGAUUCGCCUUGAUGGAAACAAAAAUUAUGCU